AUGGUUGUUUUGCAGUUUAUGGAAAGGACGAGGAAGCGAUUGGAAGAGAAUAGCAAAAAAAAGCAGAAACCGGGAAAACAGCAAAACAGGACAGCCACUGAAACGCCCGAUAAUCCAGUAUCUUCUGCUCCAGAAGUAUCGGUGAAAUAUGAAAAUCGGUAUGAAGUGCUGGAGGAUCUUGCGUUCGGACGAAUGUCGUUCCAAGGUUUCAAUCCCGAAGUUGAGGAAUUGAUGAAAUUCUACAGCGAUUUGAAGAGUGGAAAGAUCGAGGACCCUUCAGCACAAGCUGUUGAAACCGAUGAAUUCGUGUGCGGUGAAGGAGACGGAAAGGAUGUGUCCGGUUGGCAGCUAACAACAUCCCAGUCAACGUAUGCUUAA